AUGGCUCCCAUGUGGAAAACGCUUCUCGGCGGCGCCGUUGCCGCCAUGUCCUUGGUUUCCGGCGUCAACGCUGCAUACCCUAACCCGGGCCCGGUCUCGGGCAGCACCGUUACCCACGAUCCGACCAUCGUCAAGACCUCGAGUGGCCAGUACAUCUUGGCAUCCACGGGAGACAACAUCGCCUUGAAGACGUCUUCCGACCGCACCGUGUGGCGCGAUGCCGGCGCCGCAUUCCCCAACGGAGCGCCAUGGACAACGCCCUACACCAAUGGCAAUCUCAACCUCUGGGCACCAGACAUUUCCUUCCGCAACGGAAAGUUCUACAUGUACUACUCCGCUUCGACAUUCGGAUCUCAGAAGUCGGCCAUCUUCCUGGCUACGAGUUCCACUGGUGCUUCUGGAUCCUGGACCAACCAGGGCUUGGUCAUCGAGUCAUCGGGUGCCAAUGACUAUAACGCCAUCGACCCCAACCUCUUCGUCGAUACUGACGGCAAGUGGUGGCUCUCGUUCGGUUCUUUCUGGUCGGGCAUCAAGAUCAUCUCCAUCAACCCAAGCACCGGCAAGCGCUCCGGCACCAGCAUGACCUCGCUCGCCAAGCGCGGAGGCGACAAUUCCAUCGAAGCCCCCUUCAUCACUCGUCGCGGAAACUACUAUUACCUGUGGGUGUCUUUCGACAGAUGCUGCGCCGGUGCUUCCAGCACCUACCGCACCAUGGUUGGCCGCUCCACCAGCAUCACCGGCCCGUACGUCGACCGUGCCGGACAGCAGAUGCUGUCUGGCGGUGGCACCGAGGUCAUGGCCAGCCACGGAUCCAUUUACGGACCUGGCCACCCAUCUGUCUUCACGGACGCUGAUGCUGAUGUGUUCGUGUACCACUACUACACCGCCAGCAACGACCACCGUCUCGGCAUCAACCUCAUCCGCUGGGACUCGUCGGCCUGGCCCGUCAUUUACUGA